AUGAACAGAAACAUGAAAAGGCAGCUGGAAAAGUUCAAAGAGGAACUGAAAUCGAAUCUUUCGCGGUCCAGCAAGGCGGAGAAGAAUGCCGACGGUCUGCAGGAGAUCGAGCGGGAGGUCGACCGGUACAAGGACAUCUUGCAGAACCUCAACAAGCGAAUAGCGACCAAUGUGUCGGCCGGGCAGCCACAGGACGCGGUGGCGCGCGAGAAGCGCUGCAAGAAGGUGCCCGAGUUCCAGCUCGGCCAGCUGAUGGAGGAAUCGGUCAAGGAUUUGCCCGUCGGCCUGCUGAAGGAUGUGCUGGAUACGUGCGCGCGCGUCGAGAAGCGAAUAGCGACGGAGAUCGUGAACAACGAGGUAAACGUGGAGAACUCCGUCAGCAAAAACCUCAACGACAUCAUCGAGCGGCACUUGGCCACGAUCCAGAAGCAGAAGCGCGUCGUCACCAAGUGCCACCAGGAGUACGAGGCCUCGCGACAGAAGUAUGAUUCCGCGCAGCGCAACAGCGAUCAGGCGGGCUACCAGGCGAAGAUCACGCAGCUGAAGGACGACCAGGAGGAGCUGCACACGAAGCUGGAGAAGGAGCGCGACCUGUACGAGUCGUACAUGUACGAGCUGCUGGCGGAGGAGGAAAACAUUGCCCUGUUCGUGAAGGAGUACGUCCAACACCAGGAACUGUACUACACCUCGGCUCUGCGCGAAAUACAGCACACGAUGCGCAGCAUGGACGGCUUGUUCCGGCGGAAUAAUAAGCAAAUCUUCAACACGCCAUUGCGCGAUCAUCUGAAGGCGACGAAUCGUAAGAUCGCUUACGUGAUCGAGCUGUGUGUCUGCUGUCUGCUGGAGAAGGGCCUGUACGAGGAAGGGCUGCUGCGGGUCGGCUGUGCCUCCUCCAAACUGCGGCGCAUGAUUUCGGCGAUCAACGCAAACUACGUAUCGCCCCCACUGGCGGACAAGUACAGUGAUCCGCAUGUCGUGGCCGGCGUCCUGAAGAAGUACCUGCGCAGUCUUCCGGAUCCGCUGCUAACGUUCGACUUCUAUCCGGACUUUGUGACGGCUGCCCAGAAACCAAGCGAUGCACAGCGGAAGGCCGCCAUCCUGGACAUUGUGAAUCAGUUGCCACGCGAAAACUACGACAAUCUGCGCUACCUGACGCGCUUCCUCGCGUAUCUGGCUGAGAAGAACCAGGAAAACAAGAUGUCCCCGCAGAACAUUGCGAUCGUAAUGUCGCCGAACUUGCUGUGGUCGCCGAACGAGAACGACAACUACAUGGAUCAGGUGAACAGUACGGCCACGGUCAACACGAUCGUCGAGGCGCUCGUGGCCGACUGGUCGUUCUUCUUCGAUGGCGAGGUGAGCUUCUACGUCAGCAUGACACGGGACGCACUGUUCCCCGACAAUGGUGGCUUUCCGUUCGACAAGGAGCAGCACGUGCGGAGUGCCGGCGGCGGCGGUGGCGGUGGUGGUGCCGGUGGUGAGCUGAUGUCACGGUCAAUGUUCGUGACACCGACGACGGCAACGACGGCGCCCACCGUCGGUUCGAUGAUGACGGCAGGCAGUAGUCAGGAUGAGCUCCGGUUCGGCCGUGGUGACGGUGGCAAGGGUGGCGGAGGAGGACAUGGUGGUGGUGGUGGUGGUGGAGGCAGAGGCGCAGCAGGAGGACCAGCAUCACAUUCCCGCAGCAGUAGUCACGAUACUAGUCUUAUUCUAAUCAACCACAAUAGCAACAGCAGCAGCAACAACACCAACAACAACAACAGUGGUGGUAACGGCGGAAGUACCGAUCAGCUCAAGUACCGCAGUCAGUCGAACAGCUCGCUGUCGGACCAUUCCAGUCCACCGCAGGAGGAGAGCAGUCCGAAGCUACCGAUCAGGCGCAAGCACAACAAGCAAGUGGCCCCAACGCCACCGGACGCCGCUAGCGUCUAUCACGGCCGGGUGCGCGGAGAGAUGAACAAUAAGCUUCACGCGAGCAACAGCUACUUUAGGCAGCUGAACAGCAGUUCGGCGGCCGGCGGAACGAGCCACAGCGGAGACGACGAGGGCUUCGCCUCGCUACAGCAUCACGCGUACCGGCAGGCGCAGGCCGAGUACGAUCGACACGCGCAGCAGGCAUCCGUGGCCGCGCCGUUGCUGCGGGCCGAGAGUCACGACAAUCUGCUGAAACUGAAAUCGAGCGGCCAUGGCAGCGACAGUGGGGGAGAAAAGCUGGCGCCACCGCCACGGCCGGCCGCCAUCAGCGUGGACAGUCAGGUGCUGGGAAAGCUGAAGGCCAGUGUCGCCGCGAACGCCGCACCAACGCCGCACCAACAACCAAAGCAACCAAAUGCUCCCAAUUGUGAUAGUAGUAGUAGUAGUAAGGAGAACAAGGAAAACAACAAUCGGGGAACGGCAGCAGCGGCCGCAUUUCCUCCGCCCACAAAGCCUGUCGCCCUGCCCCGCACGACCAUUCUCGGGAUGAGUUCCUCUGCGUCGUCUGCCACUGCGAAAUCGGGUGGCGGAAAUGGUAACAGUGGCGCAACCAGCGACAACAGUGACGGUGGCGAUUCCGCGUCCACUGCGGCUGCGGUGGUGAUCCGCGAGAAACCCGUCAUCCCGGAACGACCUGCCACGCUGCUGCGGCCGAUGAGCUUCAAGGGCUCGAUACCGGAGAUAUCGAAAGUGAGCGAAGGAAUGAACACCGUUAUCAGUGGGCUGUCCGUGGGCAGUGGAGGGUCCAGUUCGUUGAAGAAGGCGCAAAGUUUCCGCGGAGAAACGUCCACCGGGAGUGGAGGUUCCAGUGGCGGCUCCACGGCCGAGCUCGGGACGCUCGAAAGGACGCAAAUUUACAAUAUCGACAAGCAGCAGGUUGCCUUCAUCGAUGUGGUCAGUGAGGAGGAUACGGUGGGCAGAGUGACCACCACCGGCCCGGUGAGGGGCGGAUCGACACGAAAGGAACGACCCGAACCGUUACCGGCCAGUGUUGCGGUGACCCUCGACACCAUUGCCGUGCCACAGGGAACUCCGCCACUGGCCAUGAUGGAAUCGACCGGAUCACUCGGGAGCGACAUCCAGUCACCGGUGAAUCCAGUGGCAACCACCGGUACCAUCACCAGCAACACUAGUCUACAGCACGUGCCGCAGUCACCGCGGGGAAUGGACCCGAAAAUUAAACGGCCACAGGUCCCAGCUCCGCCACCGCCGGUCGGGCGACCAAAAUCGUCCGACUCGACCGACUUAUAACAGUUCGGGGAGAUACUGAUCUAGAAUCCGGACGCCAUCCGGACGGUUUACCGCCGCCGGAUCUUAGCCGAGUGAAAAGUGUAUUUAACGCUGCAUGGCGCCCUGCGCCGCUCACCUUCGCUUGCCGUUG